CAGUUGAAGUAGCUUUGUUGUUACUGCAGUACAGCGAGGUGUAAGUAGCACAGUGUACAAGGUGUUCGUACCUGGCACGUGAGAAUAAGGGCAGCUGCGUACCUUUUUCGUUUGCAGUUCGUUGUACUGCUGUUUUAAGCCCAGGAGUACAGUUACAGCGGUACAGUUCUUUUCUCGUUGGUUCUAAUCAAUACUUAAUAAUUAUGUCCACCAGGCAAGCAGUAGCACAAAUGUAUAAGCUGACCGCGGUAGCUGUAGCUCACGUUGAUCGACCGGUGCGUCAAAAUGCUUCAACAAAGGUUUGCCAUUGCUGUGAAUAAGCCAUCGCUAGCCAAGCGACUUGAUGAUAUGAAAGAACAAACCAGAUAUAUGAAAAACUGUCGGAGUGCGCUUGGUUCUGCCUUGGAUGAAGUGCAAGCGUUAAAAGGUGAACUACGGCGUCAUAAAUCUGAUACAAUGGGGGCCAAUGUGUUUGAUUCGCCGAUGAUGCCCUUAAGCGAAAAGAACUCACACUUAGUCGUUGAAAUAUCAUGUGCGACUCACACGGCCGCAACGAAGCUUGAUCGUAUAAAGACAAGCAUGUCAAAAAAGAACAAACUCUGUUCGAAUCUGGCAGCACAGCUUCGUGUGUUUGCCAAAGCCCUCGUGCAAAGGGACAAAAAACUAGCAGAAAAAAUCAAGCUGAACAAGGAACUGAGUUUAAAAGUUCGCCAUCUUGAAACAUCGCUAAGAAAGUCGAACUCCGAACUUAGGACCUGCAAAGCACGACUUGCUGACUCACAAAGAGGGCUGUUGUCGAGGGACCGUGAGAUAAUCAAAAGGGGUCGAGAGAUUUCAAAUUUAGAUCGUAAUGUGUGGAGUUUAACCAGGAGACUGCAGCAGGUCGAAUCACAUCUUGAUCAAUCGAAACAGUCCAAUGGGCUUUGUGGUCGUUUUGAGAACCAAUUGAAAUUAGAACCAAAUGCAGAUGCAGUCGGAACCAACCGGGAUAAACACGGUUUCAAUCUUCCCAUUUCCAACCAACCGUGGGUAAGCACACACAAACCCCAUAAUUACCCACCGCCAGUAUCGCACGGCCAACGCUACCAUCAUAGCAAUAGAAGUCCACGAAAACCGUGGCAGUUACUUUCUCCUAUUUGCGAGGAGGAAAAUCCCCGCAAUGACGAACACGCGACUGACUGUGACGUCACUGGGCAAGUAAAACCGGACAGUGCGUUGUUUACAACUGACGCGGUUCGGUCUUCGUCGAGCUGUAAUAAAGUGAACUAUAGACAAGAAAACAAACCGCCAACAAGCAUUACAACCACCGGAACCAUAGAAAGCCAACAGAGCACGACAACAAAUCGAUUUGAUGAGACAAACGUAACUGUCGCAAAAUGUACGUUUCCUUAUUUGGUGGUGGACCAAAACAAAACACAACAGAAAACACCAAACGACGCUCAACCCUCAACACGCAGUCAACCGUAUCUGAUAAUUUCGACUCAACAAAACUUGAACAAUACUUUAAGUUCCGUGACACGGGGUGACGAUUUACCAAAACAUGUGACUACUCUGCAGAAUGUCCCGUGCUCUACAUCAUACCAAAAUACCCAAAGUGAAAAUCCUGCAUCUGACCAAACAUUUCCCUUACAACCGCGGCAACUACCAUGUACCCCCCAGCAGCCUCGAACCCCUUCACCCACCCCUAGCAGCGUGACAACAGAGGAUAAUUCUGAUCCCGGUACCCCUAGCUGCUCCUCCGACUCGAGCACUCCUCGAGUGACGAAAUCAAAAACUUCGCGUCCGAGGAGCAAGCGCGCCACCAGCCGGUCACGAAAAUACGUUCAUUUUCGCGGUCAUCGGAUCGACGUGACGUCAUUUUCGAUGCAGGAGUUUCGCGAAAUUAUGUGGUCGACAUGCGCAGAUGACAAUUCGGCAGACGAGUUUUUGAACUUCCUCUCAUCGGAGGCUGGUCGGUUGAAUCUUGACCCAGUUAUGUGCAACAAACAUACUCUGGGACAACCCGCUGACUGGUUAAGCUUGAAAGGUUGUUACUAAAAAGCGACCUGUGGUGAAAUGAAAUUUGUAUUCCCUUUUUAAAUGAAAAUGCAGAACUGAAUGAAUAUUUUAUUCUUAAGCGACUUUUAAAUUAGAGACUUAUGAAAUACCCAGUAUAUUAUGGUGGGGAAAGAUGGGACAAGUUUUUAUUAUCUUUUCUCGUCCCAUUUGCUAGGAAACAAAGAAUAUUUACAAAAUUAUAUAACCGUGGUCUGACGAAUUCAAAAUAACAUUAAUAAUUGUUCAAACACGGUAAGGAAACUUGCGAUUUAGGUGCUAGCGGUAUCCCAUCGUACCCCACCCUACUAUAACAUUAGUAUCUUCUUACAUUUUAGUGCUUUUAAUUUUUUUAAUCAAGCACUGUUGCAUUUUUAAAAAUUACAUUUGUAUCCACAGUAGCGUUGCCGUACUUGUAUUGGUGCAAUGUAAAUUGGUUGUUGCAAUCAACUGAAAACAAGUAA